AGGAAGAUAUUGGAUAAUGCUGACUAGUUAAUUAUACUCACUGAAGAGGACAACUUUGUUAUGGUACAACUCAGUUUAUUACCACCUUGUACCAAGUGAAAGAGCUGUAGAUUUUAAACAACAAUUUUUGCAGAUACUGCUAUGUGGAAACCUGUCAGCAAUGACUGAUGUUGAAACCUCGUAUGCAGACUUCAUCGCUUCAGGACGGACAGGACGGAGGAAUGCGCUGCAUGACAUCCUGGGCACUCCGUCAAAUGUAAACACAAGCGACUUAACCCUUAAAUUAGCAGAGCUGAAUAUUGAUAAAAAAGUAGGUGAAGGGGAUGCUGAAAAGGAUACACAGACUUCCACAAAGCAACCUCCUGAAUCUCAGGAGGCAAAAGGAAAGACAGAAAGUUAAU